UAAACGAUUAAACGGGGUCUUUUAAAAUCUACGAAAGAACAAAACUAGGGUUUCUCUGCGAUUUAAGCUUUAUUUCAAGGUUUAUUGCGGCAUUCCCUUUGCAAGUUUCACCAUUUGAUCGAUUCCCACAGAUCCCUUCUUCGUAUUUCCGUCAACAUGAUCAUGACUGAGCAGAACCGCCGUGAGAUCAGCAAGUACCUCUUCCAAGAGGGAGUUUGCUUUGCAAAGAAAGAUUACAACUUGGCAAAGCACCCUGACAUUGAUGUCCCGAAUCUGCAAGUGAUCAAGCUGAUGCAAAGCUUUAAGUCCAAGGAGUAUGUGAGGGAGACCUUUGCUUGGAUGCACUACUACUGGUUCUUGACCAACGAGGGUAUUGAAUUCCUUCGUACUUACCUCAACCUUCCCUCAGAGAUUGUCCCUGCUACCUUAAAGAAGCAGAUGAAGCCUGCUGGCAGGCCAAUGGGCGGCGCACCUGGCCCACGUGGGGGAUCGCGAUUUGAAGGAGACAGGCCUAGAUUUGGUGAUAGGGAUGGCUACCGUUCUGGACCUCGUGGUGAAGGUGAUUCCGGUGACAAGGGCGGUGCUCCUGCUGAUUACAGACCAUCAUUUGGGGGUUCUUCUAGUGGUAGGCCAGGCUUUGGUCGUGGAGCUGGAAGCUUUGGUGCUGGACCAACAAGUUCAAAUCUUUCUUGAAACCAUAAACUUCUAUGAAUAGGACUAUUCCAAUUUUGAAUGUCAUGACUGUUUUUGAUUGAGUUGAAGAGAAAUACAAUACAAUGUUUUGCAAGAGGCUUCCUUAGACUAACUACAUGUACUUUGACUUCUUUAAUUUAGUUUUUUUUUCCCUUUGGUUGGUAGAUGAUGUGAAUACUCAAGUGAUCAUCUGCUUGGCCACCAUUUUCAGAUUUUGUUUAUUGAUACCUUUUGCUUCAUGGAAAAGUUUACAUGUUAGGCUUUGCCAUUAUCUCCUA